AGGUGGCGAUGUGACUAUCUCACAUUUAUUUGUCAACCUCGUGAAUCCAACGAAGGAGAUGUGCCUCAGCAACAAGCCUCCACAAGCUGCCGCUGUGCCACACAUUUCUCUGUAGUUUUGAGUCCCUUUUUGAGGACUUAAUUCCAUUCACUCGUCUUCAAUUAAUAUCAGUAGAACCUCUGGGACCUCGCUUGCUGCGGGGUAAAAUGGACACAGGUCUGAAAUUAAAAUGCGGAGGGUCCACCGCCUGAGGUUUUAGAAAGGACGCUAGCAUGAUCUUUACGUGGCUCUCAGUUGGUAUUUAGCUGGUUAGCUCAGAGGCUAGCUGGUGUGUGUUUGGCUAACGGACUGGGUACGGUGGCUGCUGAGAUCCUGAAUUAUCGGCUAAAGCGUCUUUGAUUUCUACCUGCUUGAGAUGAGUCUACUUGGAUUUUUCGGACAGCAGUUCAGAGUUAAUUUACCACAUCCUGUAAGCUCCUUUGUCGGAUUAGCACUCAGCAGUUGAUCUGUUUGGUAGUAUUAGCGGUAUGGUUUAUCUUCUUGUUUGAUGGGGCUUUUACGGACCAUGAUGCCGCCUAAGAUCCAGCUUUUGGCUGUUUUGGCGUUUGGAGUGGCGAUGCUCCUUAUUGAGAACCAGAUCCAGAAACUGGAGGAGUCCAGAGCCAGACUCGGUAAGAAGAAAUAAAGUUGAACUUUACAAGCAAUGUCACAUAAUCUGAAUGUUCUUAUGUAAAGCCAGGAGCAGGAGGGCUCAUUUAAAGAGGACCAUUCUCUCUCUCUCUCUCUCUCUCUCUCUGUCUGUCUCUCUCUCUCUCUCUCUCUCUCUCUCUCUCUCUCUCUCUCUCUCUCUCUAACGAGCUGUUAAAACAUCAGAGCAAAGAUAAGUAGAUCAGGCUUAGAUCAAACUAACAAUUAAAGUCAGUGUUAGUGGAGGAUUGUUUUGCUCCUUGUCACAUCACAUGUGCCUUAAAAGUAAAGCAUUACAAAUAGCUAUUUUGUUUUCUAUUUCUGACACUGAGAAACACUUUCUUACAGCCAACAUGUUGACGUUUGUUGUUGGCACAUAACCAGUCAAACACAGCAGAAUAGUUUAUGUCUGUCAAUACAGACUCUUUGUGCUUUUAUCAGCUGAUAUCAAUACUGUGUUGAGGAUAAUAUACCUUACUUUGACGUUGUCACAGAGAACUGCAAAAUAACAUAUGUGUUUCUAUUGGAGCAUUGCAAUAAACAUAAUGUUACAAUCAAAUGUAUUGCAAUAAAUGUCAGAAAGUAUUUUGUGUAAAUGAGCGUGCUUUCCCCCAAAAAAACUGUGCCUGCAUUUUAUCAAUUGGAUGGAGGCCAGGGUAGAAGUUGGCCAACAUUGUUUUUAGGGCCAAAAAAAAAAAAAAAAAAAUACAGAUAAUGCUCCUAGUAGUUUGUGGAGCGAUAACCAAUGUUUGUAACCAAUGUGCAUUGACAGUGAAAAUGAAAAACUUUGGCAAAAUAUAAAAUUGAAAAUAGUACUAACUCUGACACUACGCUUUGCUUCAAUGCCUCAGCAAAUGUUUGAUCAAAAACUGUAGUCAAACAGAUUUUAACACUGAACCAGUACAGUACACCACUGGGUGCCAUCUAGCCUAGCCUAUCAGAACGUGUUGUAAGCAGAACAUUACAUGUGAGAUGGAGUGGUGUAAGAAAAGAUACCCAGAAGCAGACACACUCACAGUCAGUAUGUUUACAUGCAGUUCAAAAGAAUGAUUUGGAAAUCCCACACUGGGCUUUGAUUUGUUUAAUAAGCUAACUGCUAGGAGUCUGGUCGAGCUUUUAACAAACACGAUUCCCAAAGUAAGCUUUGUUAUUCAUUUAGAAUCAUGAAGGCAGACCCCCUAUUAAAUGGACCUUUAGCAAUAAGGAAAUGCUUUAUUUAUAUUAUCAAAUAUCACCCACAGUGGACUAGGAAAAAACGUUUUCUUUUUCAUUUGACCAGAUUCUCAUUUUUAGCAUUUUGCAUCUUUUAUUGAAUCAGUCUUGUGGUUUAACUGCGGGGCAUCAUACAUUUCCCUCCACAUCGGGGAUAUAAUCAGGUUUAACAGACUGAGGCGGAUUAUUGUAAAAAUUAGGGCAGGUCUACAAAUUAGAGCAAUGAACCAAAACCGCUGACCGACAUUUAAAUGAUUGACAUUGAGCCACUAUCAGGACCAGUGUCUGAGCUUGUUAAUCUUUAAGGAAUAAAAAGCUAAUGUUGGCGACUUGGCGUACAGCACAUUAGUAAACAAAAGAUUCAACAUUAGCUCAUGGCAAACAGGAGACUUUAUAUGAAGAGUUCUGCAUCGUACCUUUGGAGAAUGCAUCCACGAACAACAGAGAGUAAACAGUAACCAAGUGCAAUAUAGUCUGUGAUGCCUACAAGAAAAGAGAAAUUAAUUACGAAGGGUCAGAACACCAUCCAUCUGCCUUCACAUGCAGUGACAGUGUGACAAACAUCCUGCAGACACAUGGCCUCUCUCAUGAUGUCAGACACUGAAGCGCUGCUGCAGGGAGUCUGCAUUAUACUGAGUGACACACAGCUGUUCAUAGAGACACUCACAAGGCCAUUCCUGUAAUUGGCUUUAAUUAACAUUGCAGCAGAGAAAAGGAGUGGGAGAAACACUUUUAAUUAUGCCUCCUGUCAAUGUUAUCAUCAAAGGCUUAAUUACUAGUUUCGCAGUUAUUGUGUUUUGUUGUAUUUCUUAAUUAAAGCAAGCUAACAAGCUUGACUGGCCUUAAUUUUCAAACUACUGGUUAAUUUAUACAACAGAUGUACCUUUGUCUUUGUGUUCAUUAUUGUGUUAGUGGCCUCACACACCUGCUGUGUUUGCAGCAAGAUGAGAAAAAACAACAAGCGUGAACUAACUUUGAGCUCAAUGGAAUCCAGGCAGCAGACAAUGCAAGAUAGUGCACAACCAGGUUGAAGAUUAUAUAAAUCCUCUUUAGAGCUGCUCACUAACACAUGACUUCACUAUCAAAACUAGUAGCAUUGAUGGUAUUCAUGUAGGUAAAUGUGUCUGUUUUGUCAUUCCAAAUUUUAAAACUGUGGCCCCAUAAAGCUGUCGAUUUAAUCACCAGUCAAGACCUCAAGUCCACUUGGAUUUUGUCAAUCGGGUCUCUGCACUUUUUUGAGCUGCAUCCUUGUCAUGAAGCAACACUCAGGGACAUGAGCAGUGGUCUUGUUAAAAAGCUUAACUACGUAUGUAAACGUAAUGACCGCUGCCAGGUACUCUCAUCCCAUCUUUACUCUGGGGUCAAGUCAACAACAAUCCUGUUUACAAGAACCAGGGAAGAAUCUUGAUAAAAGCAGAAGCAUGUCUGCCUCCCCUACAGAAGAUCGUGAAAUUCCCCCUUUUAGCUUGUUACUAUUGGGUCAUCUCGAGAUUAAACUACUGUGUAUCAAAACAAGUUAGCAAGAGGCACAUGGGAUGUACGAUCAACGAUCUAAACACCGUCACUUCUACAUCUCUGUUCUGUUUGUUUGUACAAGAAGGAAGUUUAGCCUUUCCUUGUCCUCACAAGUGUCUCUCUUUUGAUCUUUAAUUUUGUGAACCUUUCAGUGAGCUACCAACUAACUUAAAUGUUGGUUUUCAGAAGUUUUUAUCAGGGGCCAAUUUAUUCUCAUUCAUUCCCAAACCAAACUUGGCCAGGUGAUUAAAAACGGACACAUGACGAAAUUGGGGAGUUUUAUGUUUCCUCAAUCUCGCUACAAGAAGACUGUAAGCUGAGCAGCUGUUAGCUCAGUGUAGGUGCUUGGUUUGUAUUUAUUUAGUGUCAAUAAUAUGAGGAUUUUAAAUGAUAAUUCGAUGAGCUGAUUUGUCUGCAAAGUUAUCCCUGUCUUCCAAACCGAAGAGUCCGUAGAUAAACUCCUAAAAAAUACUCUGAAUAAUGCAGUCUCAGUUAGUAAAACAGUAUCACCAAGACUCAGUCUUCUGGGGCUGUGAACGAUGAUCCGCUAACUUUGUCUCAAAGUUGAUGAACAUUUUUUUUUUUUUAAUUCAGCUUAAUAUUACAAUCAAAUCUAAAAAAGAUACCUUUAAACAAAGCACAUUUAUUUGCUGAAAGUUUGUUUCCAACUUGCAUUCAGUGACUUUUAAAGCUUUGAGAUUAUUCUUAAAGCAAAAAUGAGACUCGGUGCUGAUCAAAGUUUCUGUUUAUUGGCAGUAGUCUCAGAUUCGCAUUGAAUAGCCAAAUCUAAAGAGCCUGACACAAAUCUGAGUGAGAGGAGCCCUAAAAGUAUCAAACUUUUUUUUACAUUUUUAACAGAACGGACUAUUGCCAGACACGAGGUGACUGAAGUGGAGCAGCGUCACAGCGAGGACUCUGGCCGGGACCUGUCCCCACUGGCAGAAAAAGAUGAUAUGGUCAUCAUCUACAACCGAGUACCUAAGACAGCCAGUACCUCCUUCACCAACAUCGCCUAUGACCUCUGUGGGAAGAACCGCUUCCACGUCCUGCACAUCAACACCACCAAAAACAACCCCGUCAUGUCUCUACAGGACCAGGUAAAACCAUCAUCCAAGACCGGACUUUAAUGCAGUGUUGCAACAUGAUCAUAAAGAUGUCAAUAUUUGAUUAAAGCAUUCCUGCUUAACUCUCCUCACACAUUUGCUGCCAAUAAAGGCAGCUAGAGUGAAACAUGACUCUACCUCCACCACAGGCUCAUUUCUGUCAUCAUACUUGCAAAACAGUUCUCAAUACAACAAAGAAACAAAGGCAGAAGAGUCCUUUGUUGGCCUAACAGAGGCUCAGCUUAUGACAGGUUUGUGGGCACUUUGAUAGUCAAAACUGAAGCCCAGGAAUUAAAAAUAGGCUAUUGUUGUGCCGCCACAGUUAUACUUGCUGCAACAUGAAAUGUUUUCACACAAAUCUGCCUUUAAUACUUUGAAGAAUGAAAUAAAUAAGGACUUUGAACACUGCUCUUGUAACAGGCCUCACAUCUGCACUGUGAUGAACUCCAGCAGCAGUGUUUGUUGGUAAAGUCUCUGAUAUAAACUCUGUUUCUCUGAUGUCCUGAACAGCAUCUGACAUCGUUCAAAUCUGUCAGUGAUUCAUGUCCAAGAAUAUGCAGAAUAAAAGGACAGAAAGUACUUAGCUUAGAAAUUGCAUGGUCUCUAUGCAAACCAGUGCACUGAGUGUUUUGUAUUGAUGAAGUAGAAGAAGGAAGAAGAAAAAUGAAGAAGGAAAAAGAAAAAAUGAAGAAGAAAAAGAAGAAGGAAGAAGAAGAAGGAAAAAGAAAGAAGAAGGUGGAAGAAAAAAAGAAGGAAACAGAAGAAGAAGGAAGAAGAAAGAAGGAAAAAGAAGAAGGAGGAAGAAGAACCAAAAGAAGAAGAAGAAGAAGCAGCAGCUAUAAUUAACUGAAGUGAAGUUUGCAGUUAGAGGUCAGAUUCCCCUCCUGCUCAGAAAAAGAACAAAGUAAUGACACCAGCUCCUUCAAUCUGAUAUUAAAUGAUGAAAAUGGUGAUUUACUGCCGCCCUUGGCUUUGAAAUUGAAGGGAAAUGACAUGUUUAGUCUAAAGAAGUGUCAUAGCCCUUUAUCAAGACUAGGUCAAUGCACCUGUGGACUGAGCAAUGGCAGCAGUUAUCUUCUAGUGAGAAGUCAGCUCAGUGAAGUCUGGCCCCACUCUGAGUUUGUAUGUUAUCAGUUUGUGGAACAAAUGCCUGGUGAAUUAUACAGCUGUGAUGUAAAUCAAAAAAGAACAGAUUCAAGCAGAGAAAUGCCAUUAACUCCCAUCAAUCAAUUGCACUUAUGUUAUGAGAUUGUGGUGAAUUACACCAGCACUUCCCGGAGACAAGAGAGCAACAUAAAAAUCUAAUCCUGCAGAGUGAGUUUGCAGUUAAUGCAUUGUUGCAUCUGUGUUAUACAAGCUUGAGAAGAGCAUAAAAACAAGUUAAAUUGGUUAAAAUUCUAAAAAAAAAAACAAAAAAAAAAAAACAUGCAACAAUUAAUAGAUCAAAUGCUCUGACAAAAAAGGAGAAAAUUCUGCACCAUAGGACUGGAAGAUCAGGUGAGUUGAGUGCAAAACUUGUCAUUCACAAGUUUGUGCCACUAUCAGAUCAGUAUUGGAAUCAGCCAAUACUAUUGGCUUCAAUAUUGGUAUGGUACUGGAAGUAAAAAAGUUGUAUUGGGACACCCUUUUUAAAGAUGGCUAGCUACUUACACAAAAGUGAAAAAGAAAUGUGGCUGGUUGGGGUUUUUGAUUUUUGCCUUGGAUCUAGUCUGUUGUGGUGAAAUACAGGAUCAGUUGAGUUGAGCUCACAUGCCUGACAUAGCUCUGUUGUAUUGAAGUAGUCUCACUGCAUUGUUACUAAGUUGCUGACAUGUGUGAGACACUUGUUUAUUACUCCUGUGGCAGAACAUAUUUCUUCCUGACUUGUUCUCUCUGAUAAGAACUUUACAUAUGAGCAAAUAUAUAAAAAAAACAUAGUCAACAACUUAGUAUGUUUUAUGUCCUGAGCAUUUAAUAGCAUUAAAUACUUUAAUUUACUGGUGUACAAGCAAGUGCUUUGUUCUGAUGUUUUGAAAACACAGGACCCUGCAUGUCAGGCUUGAUCAUAAAAUAAAUGACAUUAACUCUUAGGGUUCAGGCAGCUGACAGUGACAGCGUAAUUGGUCAGUCUUCAUGUGUCUUAUUGGCUGAUUCAUGGAGUUUCUAGAGUGUUUGACCUACAGCAGCUUUAUAUCGUGGAGCAGUUUCGACUUAUGAGUGCUGGACAGACUCUUAUACCAUGUAGUGUUGCGGUACUGCAGGACAGGAGUGAAAAAGAAAAACGAAACAAGAAUUUUCCAACUUGCUUGAAUACUUAAAGCUUAUGUAGCUUUAUUACAUAAAUAAAACACACUUCCCAUUAGAUGAAACCAUUAGAGUCAAAGAUUUUCUCAGCUUGUGUCAGUUGAAUCUCUGUGUCUCAUAUAGAACCUGUGUGUGCACGUUUGAAAAACUAGAGAAUAUAGGUGGCGUCAGCACACAUUACAGCCUGCUCCACUGGCUGCUUUUGUAUUUCUAUCAGUGCAGCUCAGGAUACAUAGUGUGAAUGCCUCUAAGCUAAACUGGUGUUAUUUCUGGCUGUUGAUGCCAAGGUAAUAUCCUGUCUGCCGUCUCACAACAGGCCACCCCCUCCAUCCUGCAAACAGUCUCUGCACAGGGCGAAAGGAUCAGUCCGCUGGCACAUUUCACUCCAGGAGCCUUCAGAGUUGUAUCCAGUAAUAGCAUUUAGCUAGGUCCAAACUUGUGAACACGAUGGAGUUUGUCAUAUUUUUACCCCCUCAAACCGCAGACUGUGUCAAAGAUAUCAGUUAUAAAAAGAGACCUAGUGCUGCUCUUAUUAGGAAAUAAAAAGGACGACAGGCGGAAACUCAUCUGGUUAAUCUUAACUCAUUAAUAUGUCCACCUUAGUUUGAUGGAAGAGUUACAGCGCUGAAACAUUUUAUAAAUUGGAGAUUUCAGUGUGAUUUGUGUUUAUACCUUGGAAUGCAGAUGAAAUUUCCACCGCAGUAAAGUGAGCCAAGUCGCCCUCACUGUUAAUAUAAUUGUACCUCCACAACUUCAUUCAGAUAUCCUUUCUGAAAUCUCUCCUGUCACUCUAACCAGGAUGAAGAAUUCUUUGAGCUGCUUUCAAAUGUUUCCAGGCCACAGAGUUUGCCUUUAGGCUUCAAACUGUCUCCCCUAACUUUGUCAUGGAAAGAAAGACUGCAGACGUAACAAAGAGCUGAAAAAGAGGUUUUGUCAGGGGAAAAACCAGUUGUAAAAUUUUUAUGAAGCUUUGUUAAGUGAAAAACCCACAAUUUGAUAUAAAGAAGAGAAAGUCAACACUACUAUCAGUAGUAAUGAAAAUAUCACAUCAUUCCACUUUGAGGGUACUUUCAGUCUAAAACCAGAUGCAAUAAGUAGCAUUUCCUGCUCAAAGGCCACAUAUUGCACACAGUAGCUUUUCAUUGUUUUCACCAACUAUUUGCCCCUGGCCCAUCCACAACCCCCCCCCCCCCCCCCACCUAAAACAUAAGACAGAUCCAUCUUCUCACUGUUUUGUGUGCUCCACCUUUUAGGAAACUUGCCCCCAAAAGGCUAGUUGUAGACCCCACCCUCAACAACAUUUAGGGAACCAGCAACACCUCCAGGCUGGAGUAACCCACCUCAAGCCUGGAGUAUUUCCCAUCUUCUUAGUUCAUGUUGCAGCCAUCGUUGUUUAUUCCCUGCAAAGACUGGUAAAACAAACAAUGUUGAGGGUACAAGAAAAGUAUGCCUUUUGCUCUGUUGUUGGCUGCAAAAAAAAACAAUACUAAAGUCUUCAUUUAUUUCCCAAACCUGAGGAUCUAAGGACCUAGUGGGUCCUUUUGCUUUUAUGAAAUGUAACAGAAGUAAUUAGAAAGAAUUGGCUGUAUGAAGUGUGAUGUCUCAUGUUCAAUAUUUGCCCUUCUCAUAUUGAUGUAAAUGCAGCUGGUUAAUACCAUAGACUGUAUAUACUAUGGACAACUUGCUUCCGCCUCCCACCUGUAUACGGAUUUGAAGCCAAAAAGCUUCAAAUCCGUAUACAGCUAUUCCCGGGAUUUUCCUGAAACCAGCGCUGCACAAUAGUGUUGUGCACAUUCGGCGGGAGAGUCGCAGAGAGUCACUGUGAUGACGCUCGGCUCAAACAGCGUAUCAUGAAACAUGAACCCUGUAAUAACUUUCAAAAAUUGGAGCUGCACAGAAAAAAGAGGACUUGAGCACAAACCAGUCCUACAAUAACUAUAUGUCAACAUCGCAGGGGGCGGGGGGAAUUUAUGUUCUGUGUAAUACAUUUUUUAAGUUUGUCCACAGCACUAUAAGCUUUGCUGGCGUAGGCAGGAUUUAUGACCUAUACUGCAGCCCAUCAACAGAGGGUGCUGUUCUCAGAUUGGCUUCACCCAGCGAGGAGGCAGACUCUGUCCAUUCUACAUACAGUCUAUGGUUAAUACUGAUGUCAUUCCUCAUGAUCUAAUCUUAGGAUCAUUGUGAAAUGUGACAUCAACAAGCUUUGUCUACCUGUUGAUCGUCUGUCGUGAUGAGGUAACAUUGAGCUGACAGAAUUUUCUUUGAGAAUUUUACACUCAACAUUUAUAUAUAUAUAUAUAUAGGCAGUCAACAAGGGGAGCUCUAAAUAUUUUGUAAGGGAGGGCUUAUUUUGUUCACCAUCUUCAGUGUAUGGUCAGAACUGAAAGAAGGAAUGUAUGGAAACAUGAUUUAAAUCCAUUUUCACAGUUUUUUUUUUUAAUAAUGCAUUAAAUUUCACUGUUUCAAUGCAAGACCUUGAUAAAAGCAAAUGCUAAUUCUGUAUGCUUACUAAUGUUGGGUGUUACAUGAACAAGGAAAAAAAAAACAAAUGCAGAUUUCACUGCAUAAACAUGCACUUGUAGUUUGUUCCUUAUACUUUCCUUAGACAAGAAUACAAAUCAAAAUCAACUUAUGAUCAAACUGGAAUAGAUUUCCCUUUUUACCUUGAUUGAUUUUUUAUUUAUUUAUUUAUUUAGCCUCAUUAAAAUGUGUUUUCUUAUUCUUCACCUUUUUUAAACAUUUGUUUAUUCCAUCUCUGAUGUUUUUGCUUUGGUGGGGACAGCUGCAUCCUACACUCAACAUUUACACUGUAUAUCAUUGUACUAAUAGUUGGGGUUUUUUUCAUUGUCUUCCACUUCGGAUGGCGUUUUUUAUCAUUAGCCUUCAUUAUCUCUGCCUACAGGUACGUUUUGUCAGGAACGUCACCUCGUGGAGGGAGAUGAAGCCCGGCUUCUACCAUGGACAUGUGGCUUAUCUGGACUUUUCAAAGUAAGGCUCUUACUUUAUCUUUAAUACCUUUAAUUUUCAGAUAAGUUACAAUAAGUUAGCAGAUAAAAUGAGCCCAUGGAUGGAUCUCGAAGGUCCACUUUAGUGUUGAUUAAUGCCUUGUUGUCUGUAUCUUACCUAAAACUGUUAUUUCAGUGGUAAUGAGCUUCAUGGUGGAAGCGUUCAUCAGGCUCUGUCAGCUCACAGUUUUUCUGCUGCUGUCACACAUUCACUGACGGAAAAGGAAGUUUUCUUAGUACCGCAGAUAUUUAAAUGAGACUCUAAGUGUGACAGCUUGAGGAUUUGAUUUCUGCUCAUUUACUGUCCAAGUAAUGUUAGAAUAUUAGAAAAACAUUAACUGGUUUCUUUCUUUUUAGAUAUAGUGCAAAGCGUAAGCCAAUGUACAUAAACGUGGUGCGGGACCCCAUAGAGCGUCUGGUGUCGUACUAUUACUUCCUGCGGUUUGGCGAUGACUACAGACCUGGUUUACGGCGAAGAAAACAAGGAGACAAAAAGGUCUGUAUCUGCAAUCUUACUAAGGUGAUGCUGUUUGUCUGCACACAGAUACAUUGCAGCAAGUUACUGUGUUUUCUUUCAGACCUUCGAUGAGUGUGUGUCAUCAGGAGGGUCCGACUGUGCUCCGGAGAAACUCUGGCUGCAGAUCCCUUUUUUCUGUGGGCACCAUUCGGAGUGCUGGUGAGUGGGCUGUGCUUGUCUCCCCACAGGCCUCAUUCCAAGCAGCAAAUCUGAAUCUGUGCAAUUGCAGGGAAGUAUUUGCAAUCACACAGCUAACGUUGUUAAACAAGCUGCAGCCAGUAACACAUAUAGAAAGCAUCACUUGGUAUCUUUCACACAAACACACCUUAAAAAGUUUCCAGUCACACAUGAACCUCAGGUGAGGAAAUUCACCUGUGAGAUGGAGUAGUUUUCCCCCCAUUGCAUCAUCAGCCUGUUUUCCCUUUACAGUAAGGGAAAAAAAUCCUGAACAUCAUACUGUCUCACUGUAGCAUCCUUUGCUUUUGGUCUCAACCAGCAACUGAGGGAAAUAUCUUACUUUUUUAGCAGCCAAAUGCUCUACUUUGUUAUUCAACUGCAUCUACCUCAAGAUUUCCUGCAGUAUACAUUUACAAUCAGUCUAUUCAGCCCUAAAAUCUCACUGUAAACAGCUGUAUGUCAAAUAGGGCUGGGGGAUAAACCGAAAAUUUACAGAUACCGAAAUUUACGACAGUAACUGAUGCCAUUUUGCCGAUAUCUGUAUAUUAUGUGUCAAAAAAAUAAAAAAAGUUUGUUUUGGAUGUGUGUAGGUAGGCUAUGGUCUCAUGUCCCUUUAAGAUGCUUUCCUACGUCAGAGACGUGACUCCACCCCAUCCAGUCCAUAACAAAGAGGGAAAGACAGGUGAGGAGAGGGAAGACAGUUCAAAAGUUGUAGCGGCUGAAGUAGAUGAAGUUAAUGUGGGAGGGGAUGAGCAGCUUGUGGAGUAGUUAUGGUCCAUUUAUCGUUAUGGAGGUGAACUGCUUAAUAUAUCGUUAUAUUGAUUUGAGGCCAUAUUGCCCAGCCCUAAUGUCAGACACCAAAGAGCAGUCCAAAUGAGGGGCCAAAAUAGUUAAGUUGUUGAAAAAAUCAUUGACUGAAAUUACGAGUUCUGUAAAGGGCCAUUUCCCGAGAAUGAGAUUCUUUUAGAUUGAUCUAGAUCACCAACGAGGGUCAUGAUGUCUACAAAAAACAGAUCUAACAAAGGGGUAAUAUGCUAUUCAGUGAAAAGGGAGGAUCUCGGUAAAAACAAGCGUAAUUAUAGGACUUAUGGUACUUUCCAUACUUUCAUUUCAAAGAAGUGCCAAUGAUUGUGAUGACCUGUUUUCAGAUACUGGCAGUUAGCCAUGUUAGUUGUUUGUACUUACUAGCUACAGUUCUGUACAUUCACUCUAAAGUACAGUACACGAUUAACCUCCAGCUAAUGAUGGCAAUAUUGUAGCACUCAUAUAAAGACAGUCACAUGUUGUCCGUACAUACAGUGCCUCUGGGGUCAAAUCUAUUUUCCUUUUUCCCCUUUUUCUUUUUUUUUUCCUUUUGUCUGAUGCCAAGCCCAUCCCUGUACAACACAUUGUAGGACAUGACAUGUACAAACAACCCCACACACACACACACACACACACACACACACACACACACACACACACACACACACACACACACACACCACACACACACACACACACCAGUAAAACUUGAGUCUUUAGCUUUGCUUUGAAUACUGAUAGAGACUGAUCAUGCCUUUAAUACCUUAAGGUAGAGUGUUUCAUAAUGUUGGUGCAUAAAGGGAAAGGCAGAGGAAAAUCCCUGAAGCCUACAUCAGAGCAGUCACAGUAUAAACACAAACUGAUUGAUCUGAUUGGUUCCAUGUGCUGUUUUGUGCAGGAAUGCAGGCAGUCGAUGGGCCCUGGAGCAGGCCAAGUACAACCUAGUGAACGAGUACCUGCUGGUGGGAGUCACUGAGGAGCUGGAAGACUUUAUUAUGAUCCUGGAGGCAGCGCUGCCACGCUUCUUUAAGGGGGCCACAGAGCUCUACAGAUCAGGUUCGAACACAAAACACCCCCUCAUAUUCAACCAUUCAUAUUCCAUCAUUUUGAAGGAACCAUUUUUCUGCUAGUGGUGUCGGUUCAUGAGCUCUGUAGGCUGUUAAAUAAUAUGAAGUAUUUAUGCGUCUGAGGUUGUCUAGACUGACAGACUCAUUAAACCCUCUGAUGUUCCUCCAGGAAAGAAGUCCCAUCUGCGAAAGACCACUGAAAAGAAGCCCCCAACCAAAGAGACCAUCUCCAAGCUGCAGCAGUCUGACAUCUGGAAAAUCGAAAACGAGUUUUAUGAGUUUGCACUCGAACAGUUUCAGUUUGUUCGAGUCCACGCUGUCAGGGAAAAGGAUGGAGAACUUUUUGUCCUGGCUCAGAGCUUCUUCUAUGAAAAGAUUUACCCAAAAGUGAGCUAAACAUGCAGCGAGGACUGAAAAUGACUUCAGAGGGACUUUGUCAGGACUGUAGUCAAAGUCAUAUACACUGGGUGAAAAAGACACAAAAGCUCAUCAAGUGAUGCUGGCAACAGAAGAUCUCUUUCAGACUGUACUUUUUUUUAAUGAGGAGUGUCUAAUUUUUGUAAUGCUGGUGCAGCUUUUGAGAAGACUAAACGCAGAUCUCACUGUCAAUCUGAAUGCUGAGAGAACAGAGGGGGAAACAGUCUCUGAACGUGUCUGAAAACUCAAACAGAAGCAGCCUUUAAACGUAAUAAUGUCCUGCAUUAGAUUUUGGAUGGACCCUUCAAAACACAAGUAUCAAACUUCAUCCAAGUUUAUCAAUUUAAAAAGCAUAUUGAGUUUUUUUUUUUCCCUCGUCCUAAACAGAAAACUGUUACCUUUUUUAUGUUCUGCACAUUUUCCUUUUUUAAUGCACAAUUUCUUGUUUACAUAUUACAGAUUUUAAAACAGCUAAACUGCAUUUGUACAUAGUGUUAAAAUAUGCGGUGACCACGUUUAAGGACCAAACGGGAGCAGAAGAUAACACAUUGGACCAUUGCAUCCUUUGGUGCGUGAUUUAAUUUUUUACCCCACUGAGAUAUUUUCGAUUUCAGACAUGGAAAAUGUAUCAUAUCAGUAUCUUAUCACAGAGAGAGUCCAUCUUUUAUACAACUAACAGCCAACUCUGUAAAAGGACCACAGCCAGAGAGGAGGGGGUACUAAUCCAAAUAAAGGAAAUGUUAGGUUUACAGGGUUUACCAGAGCUUUGACUUGGCCACAGGGUCCUUUUUAAGAGAAGGAGUCAGCCAGAGGUCAGAGGUCAAAUUGAUAGUGCCUUUAUGAUAAUGUUAGGGAGUUUCUUUCUGUCAGUUUAAGUGAUCCAACAUUUGUGUUUUCCUUUUUUUUUUUUUUGUCUGUAUUUUAAUGAACUGCAGCUCCUGUUUCUUUUCUGUCUCACUCUUUACCCAUUAACAUAAAAACACACAUUAACACAUGAACGGAAACUUCUCGCCUCAGUUUGUGUUUUCGCCUUUUUUCUGCAAAGAGUUUUUGAUACAAGCUUUGUGCUUUAAUGUUUCUCCUAAAAGACACUCAGGAACAAGACAUAGUUUGGAACCUCACUGGGUUAUAUACAAGUUUAAUAAUUACAUUUUAAUGUUGAAUCAGUCGAGAUUUCUUAAAGUUCUCAAAGUUGUGAAUUGGCGCUAUAUAAAUAAAAUUUGAUUGAUUGAUUGAUUAAAAGGGGAAGUCCAGUGACUCUUUUGGAAUUUGAUAAAGUUUGGCAACCUGUUAGAGGACCUUCCUGUUCUUUGAGACACAAACCUGACUAAACUGUUCUUGACUUUUGUAGAACUCUAUAAAGAUCAGGCAUUUUGAUCCUUUGUUAAAAUGAUCAAGCUCCAAAAUCCCCUGCUAAACGAUGUCACAAAAUCAAAGUAGAUUCCUUUUUUUCCUUUGACCUGCCUGAGAGUUGACUUUCUUUAACUUUGUCAAUAUUACAACAACUACUAUUUCCAAACCUUAUGCAGAUAUGGCAUCAUGUCAAAUACCAGUGAUUUACACUUAAAUAGAGCUUCGUAUUCAAAUAAAACCUCAUUCUCACUCUUAUUUUAUUGAUCAGUUUAAAAAUGUAUCCGUCAAUGCUCUGCAAAGAUAGAAACCCUUCAAAUGAUGCCGCUAUUUUAAUUUUCAUUUGCAUUAUAGCACUGCCUCCAGACACCUUGUUUUAUCAAUAAUUGAUUAGUUUGGUGGCUGCUUGUUGUUUUGGGUCAAAAACCAAACAACAGUGAUAACAGGGUGACUCGAGGAAUAAAGAUUUGUCAAAGCUGUUAUCUGUGAAGCCAUUAUUGAAACAUCUCAUGUAUAACCCAAAUUGGGUACUUUAGAUUGAUUUUUAUUUUUACUUUAAGCUCCGGCAAGAAGUUUUUAACUACUUUUGAACAGACAAAACAAUGUUUUUGAAUAAAUAUACAAAGUAAACAGUACAUUUUACUGUUGUAUGCGAACAGGUAUAGUUUCCUUUUUACACAUGUAAAGGACAACUUUAGUAAAGUUAUGAGACAUCACUUUGUCCACAGGGGGGCGCCAAAAUUGACACAAAUGGAGAAUUCCUCACAGGGACUUUAACUGUCAUUUUGACAAUUACAUGGUCUGUUGAACAUGAGACAUGCAAUUACAUCCCUUCUGCCUUUUCGAUUUCACUGGGGUCAAACUCUUAAACAGCUGAGAUCAACACCCCCCCCACCCCCGAUUCUCCAGGUCUUUUGGUCUCUUUAAAUUAGGUCAUGUUUGCAGUGUUUAUCCAAACACCCCAAUCUUUGAUAUUCACAACAUCAGUUGAAAGCAUGUGAAAGUUCAGAACAUUGGAGUUAACUUCACCAUUUGAAGGUAGCGUAUUACAAAUUUAAGGCUAUUACAAAAGAAUGUUUUCAUUCUUUAUUUAAAUAAAAACAAAAUACCAUUUUAUAUACCAUCAAAUAACCAUUUUAAUGAGAUCUCUGUUCAUGGGCUGAAACUGCAGUCCCUCAAGUGGCCAUUUGAGGGACAUUUCCAAGGCCCCAGAAGCCACAUACACACCCAUUCAAAAUGUUUAUUUCUCUAUCUGUACAGACUGUUCAAUGAAGUUAAAUGAAAAAUAACCUUUUAAUGCAAAUCACUACAUACAUGUAGCCAUUGAAGUAUUUUUUUCAUUUGACAUUCUUUUCUUUCCAUGAUGACAGGUAAGGCACGGCCUCUCCUGCCUCCUUUUGACCGCACGUCACUGAUAUCAUCCAAUCUGAAUUUACCAUAGAAACACAUCUUAUCUUUUUGAGACGAUACGAUACAUCACCAGACAAAAUAUCACGAUACCAUGUUGUAUCGAUUUUUGCUCCCACACCUACUGCCAAAUGACAUUGUAACAUUGUAACAAUGGAUGUGAUAAUGAGUAAGUAUCCCUUUAAAUGUAACAGUAUAGGACUAUACUCAUCAUUUGCGACACCUGAUUGGAAUUUUUUAAAUAAAUAUUUGGAUGUUAA